AUGUCUGCGGCGGACGUCUCCGCCGCACAGCGCGUCGGCGUCGGCACCGCCUCGGGCGCAGCAACGCCGGGCGGCAUGUCGCGUCCGGGCGGCAUGCCGUCGGGCCAGGCCAACUUCGGGCCAGGGCCGUUCGCGUCGCGCUCGGGCACGCCGGGCCACGCCCUGCCGCCGCAGUCGCAGCAAGACUCGCAGCAGCAGGCGUACCAGAAGCAGCAGUGGGCGCAGGGCCAGAUGCAGAUGCAGCCGCCGCCGCAGCAGCAGCGUGACUGGCGCGAGGAGAUGCGCUCGCCGCCUGGAUUUGCCGCACAUGGCUCGGGCGCUUCGCAGCAGCAGCAGCUGCAUGCGCAGCAUGCCUCGCCGCCGCCGGGUCUCGAGCAGCAGCACCAGCAGCCGGCUCUGGCUGCACCUCGCGCCGUGCCGCCGUACCCGCGCUUCCAGUCUCCGAAUCCGCUCGAGGGCGACUCUGCGCGCUCGCCGUCGCCGUCGAAGCGCAACGGCGCGGGCAACAGCGCCAGCGGCGGCCCGCCGAACUUUGUCUUUGGCGACGCCCGCGAGCGCUGGGCCAGCGUCGGCCAGGCGCAGCAGCACGGAUCUGCAGGCCCGCCGCCGGGCUACUACGGUCAGCAGGGCCCGCCGGGUCCGCAGGGUCACCCACAGCAGCAGCCGCAGCAGCAGCAGCAGCAGCAACACCAGAGCCACGGCCCGCCGCAGCUGCAGCCGCAGCGCUCCGACGAGCGCCGCGCUCAGGAGCCGCACGGCAGCUACGCAGAGCUGUGGGCCAGCGCACGCCAGAGCGCCGACGGUCCGCGCGGCCCGCCGCCGUCUGGCCCGCCGCCUCAGCGUGCUCAACACGCUUCUGACCCGCCGCAGGGUCCGUCGCGAGGCAUGCACGAGCUCGAGCACGGCAGCUCGCGCUUCGAGGGCGGUCCGGGUGCCUUUGCGCGCGACGACGGCCCGUACGCCUCCAUGACGUCCAACGGCCUGGGCCGCAGCGCGCAGGACGACGCGUCGCUCAUGGGCUUCAUCCACGGCGGCAUGCCCGGCGUGCCUGCGUCGGGCAGUCUGAGCCCGCGCAGCCUGCUGCACUACCACCACCAGCAGGUGCAGGCGCAGCAGGCGCUGGCCAUGCAGACGGCACAGCAGAGCUCGGGGCUCAGUGGCGGCAGCACGCUCAUGAGCGCCGGCGCGCCCGAGGAGAUCACGACCGUCUUCAUCGUCGGCUUCCCAGACGACAUGACGGAGCGCGAGUUCGCCAACAUGUUCCUCUUCGCCAAGGGCUUCGAGGCCUCGACGCUGAAGAUUCCAGCUGGCGGGCCGACUGUGCCUGGCGGCCCGCAUCGGCCCGAGAACGGCGCUCUGUCUGGACCAGGUGGCCCGUACAAUGCCGUCACGAUGCCCGGCGCAGGCCUAUUUGACCUGGCUGGGCCUGGUCCGCCGGGCGGCUGGGACGAGCACAGCCUCUCGCUGGCACUCUCUCGCGCCGGCGCGGGCGAUGCAUUCUCCUCGCUCUCGAACCUCGGCGGCCUGUCAAGCGCGCUGCAGGGGCUCGGCGGCCCCUCGAACAGCAUGACGCCCGGCGGCAAGAUCAAGCAGAUCAUCGGCUUUGCCAAGUUCCGCACGCGCUCCGAGGCGCUCGAGGCGCGCGACGCGCUCAAUGGCCGCAAGAUUGACGCUGAGCGCGGCUGCGUCCUCAAGACGGAGAUGGCCAAGAAGAACCUGCACACCAAGCAGCGCCCCGUGCUCUCGCAGACGAACCCGAUCCUCGACUCGUCUGGCUUCCCGACCUCGGGUGGGCCGCCGCCGCCAGGCCCGCCGCCGUCUUCGCAGUUUCCGGGCGGCAUGGGCGGCCCGCCAGCGCCCGGCAGCCUUCAUGAGCGCGAGCUGGGCUUCCAGCGUCCACCUGGCGGCUCAAGCAGCAGCGGUGCAGGGCCGUCGAGCGCCGGCCCGUACGGUAGCUUCACUGGCGGGCCGCACGCCAGCUUCGACCCGUUCCCGGGCAGCUCGAGCGGCAGCAGCGGCGGUCCUGCAGGCCCGCACUCUGCCAAUGGCAUGCUCUCGCCCUCUCACGAGGGCUUUGGACGGCCAGACUUCUUCGGCCCGCCGCCGACAGGUCCGCGCGGCCAGAUGCAGUCCAUGCCUGGAGCGCGCGGCGGCUACGGCUCGGACGCCGGGCCGCAGCAGAGCGCAGAGCCUGCACGCUCCGGUCCGCCAAGCGGCCCGAGCCAGCAAGCGCCUGGCGACAAGUGGGCUCCGGCGAUGGGACCGCUCGACUAUUUUGACGGGCCCAACGCGCGCUAUGAUAGCUCGCAGCAACAGCAGCAGCAGCGCGGCCCUCCAGGCAUGCCGCAGCAGGGCCAGCAGCAACCGCAAGGCCAGCAGCAGCAAAGCCGUCCCGGCCGCUCCGAGCAGCAGCCGCAGCAGAACACGCAGGGCCAGUCGGCCCAGCAGCUGCGCGGACCCGACUGGAGCACGCUGGGCUCGCCGCCGAGCAUGUAUGGCCAGGCGCGCGCCGCGCCGCUCGGCUUCGGCCCGCAGGCGCGCAAGGGCCUGAGCGGCAGCGCCAGCCCGCUCGGCGAGCACGGCGGCAGUGGUGCGCCGAGCUCGGGCAGCGGAGACAGCCUCGGCGCGCGCGGCCAGGAGGAUUUUGGCAUAGGGGAGUCGACGGCUCGGGUGCUGCACAGCACCUCGCCGCCUCGAACAGGGUCUGAGACGAUCAGGCACGGAGCGGAUGAGUCUAUCCUCUCCAGCCUGCGCCAGCGCACACCGCAGCAGCAGCAGCAGCCAUCGCAGGCAGCGGCCCAGCAGGGCCGCGCCGCGUCCGGCUUCCCUGCGCGGUUCGGCGCUCUCAGACUCGACUCCCCGCACGUCCCGAACCCCUCUCCCUCUGCCUCGCUUCCUUCCUUUGGCUCCUCUUUCCCUCCUCCGCGCGCGAAUGCCAGCGAGCAGCACGCUGCCUCGUCUGGCUUCUCGCCCAGCUCAGUGCUGCCGCCACGCCCGCGCUCGCGCCAUGACAGCAUCAGCGCGUCGUCCGCGUCUAUCGGCAACCCCUCGAGCCCCACCAGCCCGCUCUCGAGCCCGUCAAGCAGAUCCUUCUCGAUCGACCAGAACCCGCCGGGAAACACCAUCUUCGUCGGCAACCUGCCAGCCAGCGCCUCGGCUGGCCCGACUGCCGCGCAUCUGGAAGAGCAGCUGCGGAAUGCCUUCACGCCGCGGCCUGGCUUCCGGCAGAUCUCGUUCCGCGUCAAGACAAACGGGCCCAUGUGCUUCGUCGAGUUUGAGGACGUGCACCGGGCCGCGCAGGCCCUCGCCGACCUCAACGGCGACACGCUAGGCGGCGCCGUCAAGAACGGCGGCCUGCGCCUCAGCUUCUCGAAGAACCCGCUCUUCCGCAGCACGAUACCCGGCCCUGACGGCGUCAGCGCGACGUCGGCGCCCGGAAGCCAAGGCGAGCGAUCUCCGGUCCUCACCUCGCCGUCUCUCGGGCCCGCGCGCCUGAGCCUGGCUCAGGCCAGCGAGACUCUCCUCAGCACCAGUCGGACCUCUCAGCUCGACUUCGAUUCUCUUAACAACCUCGAGGAGACCUCCUACCGCGAGGGCUACGCCAACGGCCACGCCCACGGCGAGCUGCACGGCACGUUCGAGGGCCGCGAGCUCGGACAGCUCAAGGGCUUCGAGGUGUGGGAGGAGGUCGGCUACUACGAGGGCAUGGCGCGCUUCUGGCUCGGCAAUCUCGAGGCGCAGGCGCCCGACGCAGCCAGCAGAUCGCGCAAGCAGCAGAAGCAGAUCCAGGCCCUCUCCGCCCUAGAGACGCUCAUCGGCUUCUUUCCGGUGGACAAUGCCGACGCGGCCACGGGCCCGACGAACCUCGCCGACACGAUCCUGGCAGCCCGCGAUGCCGAGGACGCGCAGGCCGCCGCCUCGCCCGCAGGCACGGCAACGCCGGACGCCGAGUCGCGCGACGAUGCCGAGACCGACCCGUCGAAGCUCGACAUGCUGGCGCUGCUCGAGCGCAUCCGUGCGCGCUACAAGCUCGUCUGCUCGGUGCUCGGCGUGCGUCCGCGCCUCGCCGCUGCUGGCGCUGAGUCGUCAGCCGCAGACGACCAGCCUGCGGCGCGCUCUGCCGUCGUGCACGGGCGCACCGUCGAUCCCGACCAGCUCAACUUCUGA